GUAGAACCUGGGCAAGUGAACAGAAGUCUCGCUGAAAGAAGUACAAGGAACAGUGAAACUCACGAACUCACUGAAGUAAGCGUUAAAGUUUCGUUAAAGAGAAGUACAAGGAACAGUGAAACUCGCGAACUUGUUGAAGGCAAUAAUAUGAAGCAACAAAAAACGAUCUUACCUAGAAAACGGCAAAAUGAUAGUAUAACGUGUUUGAAGUCUGAUGAUCUUGUAAAACCGUUUUAUGAUCAUGGUAUUGUUGAACUGGUAGAUUUUCUUUGGGAUUUCGAGAGUUUGAAGAAGGCAAUGAUAAAAGAGGUUGUAGAAAUUGAGGAAAAGAUUAAUAAGGUGUGGAAUAUAAGGCAAAGAGACGAUGAAUCAAUACUAGCAUAUACUUACCGUUAUGAAUCGCUUGUGGUUCCAGUAAAAGCGAUGAUCAAGAACUAUGAAGAAAUGUAUUGGUAUACUUUCGGUUUAUGUGAAUCGUACCGAUGGCAGGUUGAAUCAAUGUGUCCAAUAAAGUACAAUGAAGCAAAAGAAUGGGCAUUGGAAUUGGAAGCAGAAAUCAAUGAUGGUGAGAUGCAAGGAAUAGAAAUAGGAAAUACAUUAGUUAAAGCUGAUGCUGAAGUCAAAAAAAUUAAAAUAUAUGAAUGUAAAGGAGACUAUGAUGUUAAUGUAAGAAAGAUUGGUAUUGAUGUUAAACAAAUCAAGCGUGCGCAGUCGUAG